UUGCUAGAACAAUUGCUCUGAUUAUUGCAUCUAGUGAAAAUAAAUCUCCUGAUGAAAUGAAAGAAUACUUCGACUCAUUAUCUACAAAAAAUGUAGUAAAUAGUUCUAUUGGUGAUUCUCCAAAUAGAUUUCUACGUGUUCCAAAGUCUUAA